AUGCCUGAGCUUAUCUCUGUUCAGGAGUUCAUCUCCCAAACCCAAGAGGACCUGAGCUCUCCGACAACCUCGUCCUUCACCAGCCACAUGAGCAAAUGCAGGAGCACUGUUUGCAGCCUAGAGGAGGCCUUGGACUUGGACCGAACUGUUUUGCAAAAGAUGAGGAAAGCAGUUAAAGCAGAGCAUGCCGCCGGACAAGAUCUCAUUGGCCAUUUAGACACUCAUAUUGCUGCACAGGAGAAGUUUUCAGAAAACUGUCGCAACAAUGAAGAAGAGAAACUGGCUGAAGCUCUUAUCACCUUUGCUUCGUUCUCUCAGGAGCUGCUAGAUGCUUCCAAGAGCCUGUUGCAGAGUCUGUAUCACAACAUUAACUUUUCCCUGAAUUCACUGAUCAAGGGAGAUUUAAAAGGGGACUUCAAAAAGCCUUUUGAGAAAGCCUGGAAAGACUAUGAGAACAAACUUGCAAAGAUUGAGAAAGAAAAACGGGAACUGGCAAAACAGCAUGGGAUGGUGCGGACCGAGGUUAUGGGAGGGGAAAUUGCUGAGGAGAUGGAAAAAGAGCGAAGGAUGUUCCAGUUACACAUGUGUGAGUAUCUAAUUAAAGUGAACGAAAUUAAAUCCAAGAAAGGAAUUGACUUGCUACAGAACAACAUCAAUCACUGCAACUCCCAGUUCAAUUUUUUCCAGGCAUGUUUAAAGGCAACAGAGAAGCACAAACUGUUUAUAGAGAGUCUUGCCCCUGAGCUCCAGAGUAUGAAAGCAAAGCAGGAGGAGGAGAAGAAACAAUUGUGCUCCCUUCGCGAUCAGCUGAAAGUAGCACUGCAGCUAGAGGUUCCCCUUAGCAAGCCAUUGAGGUACAACAUGCACCAACUGCAAGGAAAUAAGUGUUAUGGCACAGAGAAAUCUGGAAGCCUCUUUAAGAAAAGUGAUGGCUUAAGAAAAGUCUGGCAGAAGAGAAAGUGCACAAUCAAGAAUGGCUAUUUGACCAUUUCACACAGCACGCUAAAUCGCCCUCCAGUCAAGCUCAAUUUGCUCACUUGUCAAGUGAAGCCAAAUGUGGAUGACAGGAAGUGCUUUGAUCUCAUUUCCCAUAACCGCACAUACCACUUCCUAGCUGAGGAUGAGCAAGAUUGUGCCAUAUGGGUAUCUGUGCUCAGCAACAGCAAAGAAGAGGCCUUGAAUGUGGCAUUCAAACAGGCACCAGGCAGGGAAGGGUGCAGCAUGGAGGACCUGACUGGAGCAAUUAUUGAGGAGAUAAAGCGCAUGCCAGGAAAUAGCGUGUGCUGUGACUGCUCAGCACCAGAUCCUGCAUGGCUCUCCAUUAAUUUUGGAAUACUGAUCUGCAUUGAAUGCUCUGGGAUUCACAGAGAGAUGGGUGUUCACCACUCCCGCAUCCAGUCACUAGCCUUGGACAAGCUGGCAACUUCAGAACUGCUUUUGGCUAAGAAUAUUGGGAAUGCACGAUUUAAUGACAUUGUAGAAGCCAAUCUUCCCAGUUCGUCUCCAAAGCCUGCUGCUGACAGUACUAUGACCCUUCGGAAGGAUUUCAUCAUUUCCAAGUACGUAGAUAGGAAGUAUGCCGCUCAGAGGAUCACUGGGAGCCCAGCUGCCAGGCUCAAAGACUUGCAAGAUGCUGUCAGAGAGAAGGAUGUAUUUGUCUUGCUUCAGGCAUAUGCUGAAAAGGCGAAUUUAAGUGAGCCCAUUUUGGAGUCCAGCCAGGAACCUGGGGAAACACUUCUCCAUCUGGCAGUUCUAAUAUGUGACCGAACCUCUUUGCAUAUUGUUGAUUUUCUGGUGCAGAACAGUGGAAGCCUGGUGAAGCAGACAUCCAAGGGAAACACUCCUCUUCAUUACUGCAGCCGUCACAAUAAAUCUGAGUGCAUCAAACUCCUUCUGCGAGCCAAAGCUAAGAUUGGUAUCACUAAUGAAGCUGGAGAAACAGCCCUUGAUGUUGCUAGGCAAAUGAAUCAUGCCAUGUGUGAGGAUCUGUUAGUGCAAGCUCAAAAUGACCAGUUCAACAUGCGCGCUCAUGUGGAAUAUGAGUGGCGGCUGGGCCAAGAGGACAUGUUUGAAAGUGAUGAUGAUCUUGAUGAGAAGCUCAGCCCAGUAAAAAAAGAUAAUUUUCAUCGUCCUCAAAGCUGCUAUAAUCCAACAGAAUCAGUCUCUCAGCUGUGGAGAAAUCCAUCUGAAUUUUCAAAGGGAACCAGUCCAGCAUCCCAGGACAAAUUCCGUGGCCUAUAUGCUAUACCACAUGUCUCUAGGCAUGAUUCAACAACAAUCUCUCCUGUCUCUGCUUGUCCUGGCCCACCGCUGCCACCACGCAACAUACCCAAAGCCCCCAGCUUCCCUCCUCCACUGCCCCCACCGCUCCAGUCAGCCUUUCCUGUAGACACAGCAGCUAGGAAGAUCCUACCUCCACCUCUGACAAUUCGACAUAAGCGGACCUCCUCAGAGCCUUCCCCCAGCACACCACUGAAUCACACCAACCCAGCUGAAGACCCUCGAUCAUUCUCACUUCCAAGACGCUGCUCUCCAGAAGGGGCCUCUCCUAAGAGUCUGAGUUCUGAGUCUUCUGAUCAUCCCCAAGUAGUGGAGUCAUGGCAGCAAGGUGCCAUGAAGGCAGUGGAGCCAUUUUGUGAGGCAAACCAGUAUAGAAGAGAGAACAAAUGGGAUUCUUUGCUUUCAUCUGAAUCGCCACAUGAUGUCCCACCACUAUUGCCAAGAAGGGGGAGUUUGAGUAUGAGCCGUCUGCACCGGGUAAGAGCCCUUUAUAACUGUCAGGCUGACCAUGAAGAUGAGUUAACCUUCCAAGCUGGAGAUAUCAUUGUAGUUGAUGGACAGGAGGACUCAAAUUGGUGGAGAGGCUGGAUUGAAGGGCAACCUCAUAGGAAAGAAAUGUCCCACCUGAUACAUCCAAGAAUUGCAGUUGACUUUGCCGCUGAACCACACUGUUGAUCCAAAGUUGCCUUGUGAUUGUCCAGAUCUUUGGAUCCCUUUUCUCUUCUGUUUUGUACAGUGAUGAGAUUCCAGCUGAUAAGAAAAAAUGUUGUAGUUCCAAACUUCAUGACAUUAUACGAUUUAAUUUUUCUUCAUUAUUUUAAUGAAGUUAUUAAAAAAAACCUUCCCUGUCCUUUGUAUUAAGAGUGCCAUCCUAACUUGGUGUCAUUCUUUUAAAUCAGUGUGUCAGAAUACAUUUAUUUCUCCAAUUUUGCUGUAUACCAGAAUGCGUGUCUUCCCCACCCCACCCCACUCCACCCCGACACCCAGAAAAAAUGUGAUGGUUGUUUAAGUAUCAUUCAGUUUUGCCCUCAGGUUAUUCAAGGUCCUAAUUACCAAGGGUGGUUAGUAAUCACAAUUAUCUUUUGUUACUUCUGAUACAAGCAAGGAGGAAUUUGAAUUGUGACGUUUGUGGUUUGCAGUAAGUAGGAAGAUGGGAGCAUAGCCCUUAUAUUGAUUUGCCAUCUGUUUGUGAAGCAUAGUUACAGUAUGUCUACCUGCCUGGCAAUAAAUAUGUGUUUAUAUUAGAUUACAUAUUCCCACUCACUUGAGCAGUGAGAAGGUCCAGGGGCAGUCCUUUUGGCUUCCUUUGGAGAACUGUGCACUGGAGGCUUAUAGCAUCUUUGAUAUUUGAUGAUUUUAUAAGUAUACAAAUUAAGAAUAUCAGGUGGAAGCAAGCAGCAUGCACAUUUAAUCAACAGAUCAGAUCAGAUCACUAAACAGCAGCCAUGCACCUGAUGCUUUCCAGCUGCUGUUCAACUACAACUCCCAUCAUUCCCAGAUCCAAUAUGGAGAUGAUGAAAAUUGCGAUAGGGGUUGAUUCUCACACUUUCCCUUUCUGAAGAACUGGAGGCUCUGUUCCAUCUACAAAAUUUUCUCUUUUGCUCAAGUAAUCUGCAGCUGCAAGGAACAAAGCCUUCUCCAUGGUGGCACCCACAUUGCUUAAGGAAACUUGUCUGCUCACCUCUGUUAUAGCAUUCUCCUUACAAGUAAGGACAUUAGUGUUUUAGAAAGCUUUUGCCAGAGACUAAUACUGCUUAUGUAAUUGCAUUAAGAUUUCUGGUACUGUCUGAGGCCAUUACCUUGCUGCUCUUAUGAUGUACUCUAAUUGUGGCUGCGUUGGUUGGUUGGUUGGUACAGUACUGGUGAAUAAUGUUAUAAAAUUGUCUGGUCUCCUAAAAUCAAUCAUUAUAUAGUGUAUGCUGAUGUAUUGUUAGGGCUUCCUGAGACUGCAUUAGCGCUUUUGAAAUUUUAAAUAUUAUAUAUUACCUUGGGUGACUUUGGGCAGAAUGGAAACUUAUAAACGCUAAGUAGCAUCCAGACGAUUAGAAGAGCAGUGCUCUGUUGGUGGAAGCUCCUUCCGUAAAUGGAAGAAGAGUUGUGUUCAUGCAAGGAUACUUUUUGCUCAUGCAAAGGUCCCUUGAGUGAGCAUAGCUCUCCUUCCUUUUAUGGAAUGUUUUUCUGUUAACAGAACAUCAUUCUGCUAAAGGUCUGGAUGGUGCCCAAUAUAAAGUAAACAGAUUUUCCGCAUUGACUUCUCUGUUGAGGAACCUUUGUGUAUCUGCCAUGAAACUUCUACAUCAUCUGGUGGGGUUUAAUUUGACUGCGCUGUCUGCCCUCUGCAGAGGUGGUGGACUGAUUAGAAUGGUCCACCCCCAGAAGCUAAUGGAUCCGCUUGGUUUCCAGAUGGCCCUCAAGGAGUUUCCAGGGUGCAGAGCUGGUGACCCUGUCGAGGCCCUGGUGAAUCUCUGGAAUGGAGAGAUGGCCUGGGCUGUUGACACGGUUGCUCCUAAAUGCCCUCUCCAGCUUGGUAGAGCCCAUUUGGCUCCUUGCUUUUCCUUGGAGCUUAGGGCAAUGAAACAACUCGGGCGAUGGCUGGAACAAUGCUGGAGGAAGAGUCGUGACGAAUCCAACUGAACACGGGCUAGAGCCCAUUUUAGGGACUACUCUGUGGCGGUGGGGGCAGCAAAGAAAUGUUUUUUCUCCGCCUCCAUUGCAUCUGCUCAGUGAAGACCAGCAGAGCUGUUUUAUGUAGCAAAGACAUUGCUGUACACAUCCCCCCCAGGUAAUGGGGAAGGAAUAAACUAUAGCCCGUUGUGAUCAGUUUGUGUGUCACUUUGCAGAUAAAGUCGCUUGCAUCCAUGUGGAUUUGGAUUCCAAAGUUUUGGCAGUUCUGACAGACAUGCCUCUGGUACCAUCUGGUCCUAUUGUGUUGGAUUCUUUUCAAUUGGUGCAGCCUGAGGAUGUGGACAAGAUCCUGGGCAGUGUGCGGGCGACAUCGUGUGCUCUUGACCCUUGCCCUUGAUGGCUAAUAAAAGCUGCCUGGGAGGGGACAGGCAGAUGGCUGGAGGUGAUUAUUAAUGCUUCAUUAAGGGAGGGCAGAAUGCCAUCGUGCCUCAAGGAGGUGAUCGUAAGAUGAUUAUUAAAACCCUCCCUUGAUACCUCCAACCUGGACAACUAUAGACCUGUCUCUAACCUGCCCUUUUGGGGCAGGGUGCUAGAGCAUGUGGUGGCAUACCAGCUGCAGAGGGUCUUGGGUGAUACGGAUUAUUUGGACCCUUCUUAAUCUGGUUUCCGCACCAGAUAUGGGACUGAAACUGCCUUGGUCGCUCUAGUGGAUGACCUAUGCUGGGAACUAGACAGGGGAAGUGUGUCCCUGUUGGUUCUGCUGGACCUCUCAGCGGCGUCUAAUACCAUCAACCAUGGUAUCCUUCUGAACUGCCUCUUGAGUAUGGGCAUUGGAGGUACUGUGUUGGAGUGGCUCCGGUCCUUUCUUGGGGGGAGGAGGGUCCAGAAGGUGGUGCUGGGGGACUAUUGCUCGGCUCCGUGGCCAUUGGCAUGUAGAGUCCCGCAGGGUUUGGUUUUGUCCCCCAUGCUGUUUAACAUCUACAUGAAACGGCUAGGAGAGGUCAUCUGGGGAUUUGGAUUGAGUUGUCAGCAAUAUGCAGAUGACACUCAGCUCUAUCUCUCCUUGUCACCUGAUCCUAGGGAGGCAGUGGAUGUCCUGAAUCAGGGGCUGGAGGCCGUGAUGGGUUGGAUGUGGGCUAAUAAACUGAGACUGAAUCUGGACAAGAUGGAGGUAAUGUUGGUCAGUAGGAGAGCCAAUCGGGAUGAGGAGAUUUUACCAGUUCUGGAUGGGGUUGCACUCCCCUUGAAAGAGCAAGUACACAGCUUGGGGAUAUUACUGGACCCAGCUCUGCUUUUGGAAGCUCAGGUGGAGGCAGGGGCCAGGGGUGCCUUUGCAUGGCUUCGGUAGUGCUCCAGCUGCAUCCCUUUCUCGAGAAGGCAGAUCUGGCCACAGUUACCCAUGCCUUAGUCACAUCACAGCUGGAUUACUGUAACAUGCUCUACGUGGGGCUGCCCUUGAAGAAUAUCCGGAAACUGCAGCUAGUGCAAAAUGCGGCAGCAAGGGUUUUAUCUGGAGCUGUCUGGUGGGAUCACAUCACACCCAUUUUGAAAGAGCUGCACUGGCUACCAGUUUGUUUCUGGGUCCAAUUCAAGGUGCUAGCUUUGACCUUUAAAGCCCUUAAUGGUUUGGGCCCAGAAUACCUGAGGGACCACCUGCUCCCAAGGGUUGCUGCUCACUUGACAAGGUUGUCUGAGGGGGCUCUGCUCUGGGUGCCAACAAUGAAGGAGGCUCGGUUGCCAUGCAUGUGGGACAGGGCCUUUUCUGUUGCUGCCCCCAGACUCUGGAAUGCUCUCCCGGUGGCUAUUCGCUCCUCGGUCUCCAUCACAGUUUAUAGAAAGCAUUUUAAAUCUUGGCUUUUUACCCAGGCUUUUAUAUGAUUUUCUCUUCUGCUGCUUCUUUGUAUUUUGUACAGUUUUUAUGCUUGUAUUUUAAAUCUUUUUAAUCGUAUUUGUUUUAUAGUUUAGCUAAAUAUUUUAAUUGUGUCAUUUCUAAUAGUCUUGUUUUUAAUUUUUCUGUAAACCGCCUUGGGGUUGUUUUAAUGGGAGGCGGUAUAUAAAUUUAACAAUAAAUAAAAUAAAUAAAUGUUGCAGAGGA